AUGUUCCGUAUCAACUUCCUCCAAUUGCUUUUUGUGACCUUGCUGGUCCUCUCUGCGGUAGUCGCAGAGGGAAAGCCCGAUCUCUCUCAGAGUGAGUCUCUCCAGGACGCACUUGACGAUCUCAAGGCUGCCUCGUUCCACGAUGCACUGCAUGUGCUGUCUGCCAAAUUCCGCCAUGGAAUCUUCCCGACUGACCUUCACGCCGCCGAGGCCCUGCAAGAUGAAGAACCAACCAUUGCCAGUUUGAUGAGACUCGCCAAGCGGGACAAUGCCACUGCCAGCCCGGAAGCCAGCUCGGUGCCGCUGACCACCGCUGAAACUACUGCGGAGCCUACUUCGGAGACCACCGCGGAGACCACUGCGGCGCCUACCACAGAGCAGACCACCGCGCCCACCACUUCGGCAGAGCAGACUACCACUGCGGCGCCUACUACUGAGAAGACCACUGAGCAAUCCACGGCUGAAACCACCUCCGUCCCGCAGACCACCGCUCAGCCUACCACGGAGAAGACGACUGCGGUCCCCACCACUUCCAGCACGACCAGCUCACGCACCACUGCUGAGCCCACUUCUUCUGAGCACACCACUACUUCAGUGCCUACCACUCAGACCACUCAACACACCACCUCUGCGCCCACGACUCUGUCGACCGCCACCAGCUCUUCGUCUUCUUCCAGCCGCGAAUCAACCUCCGAGUCCAGCGAGCACACUUCGCAGACCAGCCUGACCACUUCCACUUUCCGGAGCACCAGCACCCGUGACGACGGCAGCUUCACGACCCUCACUUCCGUGACCGUCAUCACCCCCGCCGCUGCCACCGGUGGCUCCGAAACCAACGCUGCCCGUCCUGGUCUGCAAACCGGCAACGCUGCUAUGCCCACCGCCGGUGUGGCUCGCGAGGUUGCCGCCCUAGUCGGAGGCGCUAUGGUGGUUGCCAUGGCUCUUUGA